UUUUUGGAGAGGUGGCGGCUGUACCGCAUUCAUGCCGGUGCAGGUUCGUGCGUCAUGCGGCUAUAGAAGGUGAAUGAAUGACUGCUGAGAAUCAAUCAGUAACUGGCCACCUGUGGGUCAUGUGCCCGCGAUGCAGAGCCGCUGAUUUAUUGGUAUUCUUAAAGCGUCUUACACGAGCGCAUAAAGUGAGGAAGGCGAACGCGAGCUUUGCGUUGAACGCCAUGCGCGUUUACGCGUUACAUUAAACGCGCGGCGAGCGGAUGUAACUGGUGGCCAGGCUGACGUUCCGUUGUGGUAUCGAUGUAAGGAUGUCAAAAGUGUGAUUUCGGUAGCUCUCAAAUCAUUGCGAAAGGAAGCGUCUUUGCGGAUUCGGAUGGCAACAGAUUGAGACGCAUUGUACUGCGAGGAUGCUGAGGAUGAUGCUGGCUUAGAUUGUUUAUCAUCUUCGUAAUCACAGUGUGUAAGUGCUGCAAACAAAUGCGUUAUUGAUAACCAUGUAAUACCCGGAGGAAUGCUUAGUUCAGGUUACUUUUCCGUGGAAAUCGGCGUCGCUCAUCUGGAUUAACUCUUCAGGAAGAUAUGAUUCACCUAGUCACUUUUAUGAGCCUCGUUCUGUCUCUGUUUGGAUGCCACAUCUGCUUUGCAGGGGCGAACCGCCCUGCUGCUCCUGUCAAUGUCUCUGUUACUCACCUGCGGGCGGAUUCGGCCACCGUGUCCUGGAAUAUUCCGGAGGGAGAGACCGUAAUUGGCUUUGCCAUCUCACAGCAGCGACAGGACGGGUUGAUGCAACGUUUCAUUCGUGAGGUGAACACGACCAGUCGUGCUUGUAUACUUUGGGAUCUAGAUGAAGACACUGAUUAUAUUAUCCAGGUCCAGUCUGUCGGACUUUAUGGCGAGAGUCUGGCCAGCAAAAAGAUUCACUUCAGGACGCUUAAAAAGUCUGAACAUUUUCAAUCCACCAUGAUGGAUCAAGAUGACCCUGCGGUUGAGGGUUUAGACCUUUCCAGACACCUUCAGACUGGAGAGAUACUGAUCAUUAUGACUGUACUGCUGAUGUGGGCAGCUGUGAUCGUGCUUUUCUGUAAGCAGUAUGAUAUCAUCAAAGACAACGACUCCAACAACCACAGUAAAGAGAAGAGCAAGCCGUUGUCUGGCCAGAGCACUCCAGAGUAUCAUAAUGGAGGCCUGCUGGGCAGUAAGUUCCAAAGGACGUCAUCCUCUGUCAGCAUCAUUAAGGUUUAACCACGGCAUCACCUGGUCUGUCAUCAGACCUGUCAGUGGAGUGGAUGUCAGCUCAGCUCAUCUUUUGAUAUUCAAGCGUUAAAGGCAAUAGUAACGUAAACCUCUCAGCUCCCUCAGCCACAUCGGGAAUUGUAAGGUAGUAUACGGGUAGUACAGUAUACUCCAAAAAACAACAGUGUCCUGGACGAUGAACAUACUGUACCUCUUUAACUAAUACAUCAUCUAUAACCACAGGAGGAGCUUCUGGUGCUAUGAAUGUGAUUACGAAAACAUCGGCAGCCGGAAACAGCAGUUUAAAUGUGGGAUGAUGUUUUUGGGUGUGUGUGAAUGUGUAGCACUGAAAGAGGAUUAUUAAUUGUAACAAUUACAAAAGUGACAUUUCUCAUUAAUACAUGUAAAUUAUGACAAUAAAUUCAUCAUCAGCCACAGAAGUGGCCUUAUAUUAUGCAUUAAUAAUUUCUAGCCACAGUGAACAGAAUAUCAAUGGCUUGUUUUAUGUUUUUGUUAAGUAUUAACGCUGUUACUAAAUGUUUCACACCCUUGUAGAGUUGAUUGUUCAACUGUGAGGUUUACAGCAGAUCCAGUGCAGGAGUGUCUGUUCAGAAGGAAUGGUUUUGUGUGGCAUUUCUACGCCAAACUAGUGAAAGUUUCUAUUUUAAGCUUGUAAAUUAAGGAGUUAGUAGAACCAUAUGUCUGAUAUUGUAAUGUGCAUAGUUCAGAAAGUAAUACUUAUUUUAUUGUUAUAUUUUGUUUUCUUUGUUCUCUCAGUGAGAAGUUUUGAUUAUGUUAUAUAUAGUAAAUUAGCUACACAUAGCUGUAGUUUUGGGCAAUAGAUAAAGAAUGUAGUUUAAAUACUGUAUUUCACUGCAAAAGUUAGAAGGGAAGUUUGUUAAUAUUCUUGUUCUCAAUCCUGCUUUCCAAUAAAUGGAAAAUGAA